AUGAAGGAGCCAAACGGGGGUGCUUUACAGCCAAAUGGUCAUUCGAGUGAGAUGAACGGACAUGCUACGCGAUCCGGCGGCAGAGCGAAGACGAAGGCCGCUGAGCCCAAUGGCGCUGCAAUCCAGCCCAAAUCAAAGUCGAGAGAUAGGAUCGCUGAAUUUGAGCAUGCAAUAGACGAACUGUGGGGACGCGAGACUAAGGCGACCUGGCUUGCUACUUUCUUUUCCCUCGUACUAGUCGUCAUCUGCCCGAUAUGUCUGUUUGGCAACUGGAUCGCUUUAGAAUACUUCAACGGCUCUUUAACCACAGUGAUGACCGCUGUGGGUCGUAUUGGGCCUCUCAGUCUUUACACAUAUUUCGGACCUACUUUCAGCAAGGAGUCAGUUUUCCAGUACGCUGCCUGGCUCCUCUUUCAAGGCCUCCUCUACAGCUUGCUUCCUGGCCCAAUAUCUACCGGCCAGCUGACUCCAGCUGGCCAUCUUCUCAAAUACAAAACGAACGGGCUCCGCGCUUAUGUACUCACCCACGUUCUUUUCCUGGGAGCUGGCGCAGUUGGGCUUGUGGAUCUUGCUAUCAUUGCGAAGAACUGGGAGGGUCUUCUAAUAGUUGCCAACGUAUAUGGAUUUUUCCUCGCAGGUUUUGCUCUGGUCAAAGCGCACGUCGCACCUUCACAUCCUAACGAUAGGAAAUUUAGUGGUUCAUUAAUUCAUGAUUAUUUCAUGGGCGUAGAGCUGAACCCGCGCUUUGGCGAGCUAUGGGACUUCAAACUCUUCCACAAUGGUCGGCCGGGGAUCGUAGCUUGGACACUAAUAGACAUUUCGUACACAGCACACCAGUACCAAAAGAUUGGCUACGUCACGAACUCAAUGUGGCUGGUCAACCUCUUUCACUUCAUUUACGUUGUCGAUUUCUUCUACAACGAAAGCUGGUAUCUCCGAACGCUAGAUAUGUGUCACGAUCACUUCGGAUAUUAUCUCGGCUACGGGAGCGUAGCACUCGUACCAAAUCUGUACACUAUUCAGACUCAGUACCUUGCGCGAUAUCCCGUGGAUCUGCACAUAUGGCAAGUAAUCGCAAUCCUGACCAUAGGACUUGGAGGGUACGCGAUAUUCAGAGGGGCAAACUAUCAGAAGGACAGCGUUCGCUUGACGGGCGGGGAUUGCAAUAUCUGGGGCAAGCCCGCUGAGUAUAUUAAAGCCCCUUACAAGACAAGCGAUGGGAAGACUCACGAAUCUUUAUUGCUUACAACCGGUAUGUGCUCGCUCAGAUUUCUUUAUGUGAGUGUACUAAUUCUUCGAGAAGGCUGGUGGGGUUUCACGCGUCACGCAAACUAUCUUGGAGACAUGAUGAUGGCGUUCGCCAUGGGUGCUUCCUGUGGCUCCUGGCAUACCAUCCCCUGGUAUUACACGGUCUUCAUUGUAGCACUCUUGGCCACCCGCGUCCCGAGAGAUGAGGCUAGAUGCUCGAAGAAGUACGGUAAGACCUGGGAUAAGUAUUGCGAGAAAGUGCCAUACAGAAUUCUGCCUGGAAUAUUAUGA